AGAACGAUAAAUGGCAACGAGGACGAUGGCUUCCGAUCAGAAGGAUGUCCUCGCUGGACUGAAUCUAGCUAAACUAUCUGUUCAAUCACCUGCGGCUCGUCUAAAAGAGUUAGAAAACCUCAUCCUCGAUCAGGUUGCAAACAAUAACUAUAGCAAUAACGGUAGCAAUGGAACCACCACCACAAACAACUCCAGCAGCAGCCCACUGUUUGCGAGUAUCCUCAGUGGAGCAGUUGCGGCUGCGGGUUUGUCCGGGGAAAAGUUCCUGUCGGUGGAAACGAUGCUCGACUGUUUGCUGGUGCUGUACGACGAAUGCUGCAAUUCGUCGUUGCGCCGCGAGAAAACGGUGUCGGACUUUAUCGAGCUGAUGAAGUCGGUUGUGCAGGGCAUCAAACAGUUGCGGCUGUCGCGUGACGAUUUCGAGGUGCUGAAGGUGAUCGGUCGCGGUGCGUUCGGCGAGGUGUGCGUCGUACGGAUGCAUCACACUAGUCAGAUCUAUGCGAUGAAGAUACUGAACAAAUGGGAAAUGUUGAAGCGUGCCGAAACGGCUUGCUUCCGAGAGGAGCGAGAUGUGCUGGUCUUUGGUGAUCGGCGAUGGAUAACGAAUUUACAUUACGCUUUUCAGGACGACAUAAAUUUGUAUCUCAUUAUGGAUUACUACUGCGGCGGUGAUCUGCUAACGUUGCUGAGCAAGUUCGAGGAUCGUCUACCCGAGGACAUGGCCCGGUUCUACAUCGCCGAAAUGGUACUAGCAAUACAUAGCAUCCACGAGCUAAAGUACGUCCAUCGGGACAUUAAGCCCGACAAUAUAGUGCUGGAUGCGAGUGGGCAUGUUCGGUUAGCUGAUUUCGGUUCCUGCAUGCGGCUGGGCCCACAAGGCACGGUACAGUCGAACGUAGCAGUCGGUACACCCGAUUACAUUUCGCCCGAGAUACUGCGUGCGAUGGAGGACGGGCAGGGCAAGUACGGACCGGAAUGUGAUUGGUGGUCGCUGGGUGUGUGCAUGUACGAGAUGCUGUUCGGUGAAACACCGUUCUACGCGGAGAGUCUAGUCGAAACGUACGGCAAAAUCAUGAACCACAAAAAUUCGUUCGAUUUUCCGAACGACGACGAAGAGUACGGCGUGAGCGAACAGGCGAAGGAUUUAAUCCGGCGGCUAAUCUGCGCACCCGAGUAUCGGCUCGGACAAAACGGUAUCGACGAUUUCAAGGCUCACCCGUGGUUCGAGGGCAUCAACUGGGAGACGAUACGCAACGAACAGGCACCGUACAUCCCGGAAGUUUCUAGUCCAACCGACACGUCCAACUUCGACGUGGACGAUACGGAUAUCAAGCUGUCGGAUGCUGUGCCGCCCACAACGAACCCUGCCUUCUCCGGUCACCAUCUGCCAUUUGUGGGCUUCACCUUUACGAAGGAUAGCUCCCUAUCGGACGUUGGUCGAUUGUCGCGUGCCAUCACGACGAAUAGCAUUAAUCAACCGUUGCCACCGUUAAAGCUGGACAAGCACGGUUCGGAGGAAAAGCAACGACUCAGUCCGGACAGUACACGGAAGCUGCAGGAUGAAAUUAACAUCCUGACCAAGCGUAACUGCGAGCUAGAGAGUCAGAUCAAGAGUUUCGAACGAGUGGGCGCCAUGUCGGUAGGAACCGCCGCUUCGGCGGCUGACUCCGUCGACGGUCAGGUGGAUGCAAAAAUUAAGGAGAAUGAAAAAAUGAUACGAUUGUUGCGGCAAGAAAAAGAUGACCUGCAGAAAGAGCACCAAGAUUCGCUGGAUCGAUUAAAGCAGCAGGACAAAGAGCUGAAAGAUGCACUGGAACAGCGCAAACUGGCGAUGGCCGAAUAUACUGAGGUAACAGACAAGCUUUCUGAUUUGCGCCAACAGAAGCAGAAACUGUCGCGGCAGGUACGCGAUAAGGAGGAGGAGCUUGAAGUAACGAUGCAGAAGGUUGAUACGCUACGGAGCGAGCUGCGCAAGACGGACAAAUUGCGCCGUGAGCAAGAUGCGCGGGUACAGGACCUAAUCUCCGAGCUGAACCGGGAGCGUCAGCAGCGUGAGCGUUCGGAGGAAUGUUACCGUCAGCUGCAGAUGGAAGCGCGCAGCCGAAGCUCAUCGGAACUUGGUUCUUCCAAUUCACUUGGUAUUUCUUCAUCCGAUUCUAUCCGGCUGGAGAUUGAUCGGUUGGAGGUGGAGUAUAGUGAAAAGAUUAACCAACAGCAGACGCGCUAUAAUAUCGAAAUAUCGGCCUUAAGAGAUCAGCUAAACGAAGCGGACAACCAUCGGGAGAUGCUUCAGCGGGAAUUGCAACAAGCGCGCGAGAAGCUUGACUCGAGUCGGCUUGAAUCGCUCACCGACUCGGAGGAAACCAUACUGGAGUUGCGGAAGCGGCACGAGCGCGAGAAAAAAAUCCUGCUCGACGAUAACCGUAAGCUGAUCACGGAUCUGGAGAUGAUCAGUGAAUCGAACCGGCGUCUGACGGCCGAACGGCUGCAAAUGGAAAGCGAAUAUGAGGACCUAAGAAAUAGACGCCAAGCAUUCAGCCAAUGGGAACGUCAGAUAGCGGAAAUCAUUCAGUGGGUAUCGGACGAGAAGGAUGCCCGCGGUUAUCUGCAGGCGCUCGCAACCAAGAUGACCGAAGAGCUCGAGUACCUGAAGCACACCGGUCCGCUCAAUCACAACGCGAGCGAUAACAAAAACUGGCGCAACCGACGCUCGCAGAAGCUAGAUAAGAUGGAGCUGCUAAAUUUGCAGAGCUCGCUGCAGAAUGAAAUUCAGGCCAAGGCAGUAAUUUCCGAAGAGCUUACGCGUACCCGUACUGAUCUCGUGGCAGCUCAAAAGGAUUUGCGAGAAACACGCCAGAUCUGUGAAUCGAUUGGUAGCGAACUGAAGCGCAAAGAAAGCGUAAUCAAGGAACUACAGCAGCGGCUUGAAUCCAACGAAGGAUUCUCGCUCCCGGUAAUGCAACUGUUGGGUCAUCAUGGCGAUGGAUCGACAACAAGCAGCCGGAGAAGUACCAGUAGCAUACGUGGUUUGGGUAGCGAACUGAAUCCCACCGGUAGUGGACGUUCACGAAGUUCAAGAGAGGUAGAAAUGCGAGACGUGCUAGAGACGGUUCGAAAACAGCAGCUGACAUCGGCUGCUGGACCGUCCUCGUCCCCCAGUACCAUCGCUACCGAUGAAGAUGAUGAUCGGAUUGUGGAGGAGCUGCUGAAGGAUCUUCAUCGUGGUGAGGGAAACAUACGACCAACAACGGAAGGUGGUAGCAAAGCGAAAAAUACAACACUGACAGGAGACACAGCAGAGCUGACAGAGUUCGAGAGAGCUGUCUUGAGCAAAUACAUCCGAGAGCUGCAGGAAACGGGAGGAGGAUCUUCGGACGUGCAACACAAAGCGCAGGCGAACGAUCAAGUUCUGGAAAGACCCUCCUCGCAGAUGUCCUAUUUGGAUCACUUUUUGAAAGAGUCUGGGGGCGUUGGAAGUGGUGGUGGCGGCGGCGGCGGAGGAGGUGGUUCCAGCUCAACGACGCACACAAACUCAACGUUGGCCAUCAACAUGCCAACGGCAGCCGGAUCGAGCAGUAGCACAGUUCCACCGCACCGCAAAAGCAGUAUCGGUAGCCAGCACGUAAACACAUCCACCAGUUCCUCGUCGAACAAUCUCACCUCCACGAAUGCACCACACCUUAACCAAACCCAUAAUCAAAGCCUCUCGUCACUACACCAACAACAAUCACACCAUCAACAGGUACAGCAGCAGCAACAGAGUCAGACCCAGCAGUUGCAAUCCCAGCACACGUAUAGUAAUCAGCAGCAGUUGCUUCAACAGCAACAGCAGGAACAAGCACAGCAACAGCAAACAGCGAUGCAUCAUUCAAACUAUUCGAUGGAGAGCGAGGAUGGUGAUGUGGAAGAUAAUAACCGCGGUCACUCACUGUCUAGCUCGAAGAGCAAUCUGAGCGAUCACUCACUGAGCAUGCACAGCGUAAUGAUGUCCCAUCAGCAGGAUCUCCAUCCUCAUCGGCAGCAGAAAGCGAAGGUACAUCAGUUCCUCGUGCGGACCUUUUCAAGCCCAACGAAAUGUAAUCACUGUACAUCGCUCAUGGUGGGCCUAACACGUCAAGGUGUGGUGUGCGAACUGUGUGGCUUUGCCUGCCACAUGAUCUGCUGCCCGAAGGUACCGACCCAGUGUCCGGUCCCGUCCGAUCAGACGAAACGGCCGCUCGGGAUCGAUCCGACGCGUGGCAUCGGUACGGCUUACGAAGGCUACGUGAAGGUACCGAAGCUGGGCGGUGUGAAGCGCGGUUGGGUGCGUCAGUUUGUCGUCGUGUGUGACUUCAAGCUGUUCCUGUACGACAUCUCCGCUGAUCGUAGUGCAUUGCCGAGUGUGCACGUAACACAGGUGUUGGAUAUGCGUGAUCCUGAGUUUACAGUUUCCGGCGUACGUGAAAGUGAUGUCAUCCACGCAACUAAGAAGGACGUACCGUGUAUAUUUAGGAUAACAACAUCGCUUCUAGACGGUGGCCCAUCACUGCAAACGCUGAUGCUAGCGGACACCGAAUCAGAAAAGGCGAAAUGGGUCGUAGCACUAAGCGAACUGCACCGUAUACUGAAGCGAAACAAUCUCCCGAACACGGCCAUGUUCCGUGUACGCGAAGUACUCGACAGUACGGUGUCGGCGAUCCGUAACGCUCUGAGUGCGCUGAUAAUCGACCCCGAACGGAUAUUGCUCGGUACGGAGGAUGGUCUGUUCUGUCUCGAUCUUGAUCGCAGCCAGAUUGCCCGUAUCGGCGAAAGCAAGAAAGUGUACCAGCUAUGGUAUAUCGCCGAAGAGCAGUUGCUGGUGAUCCUGUGCGGAAAGCAGCGCCAUCUACGGCUGUUACCGAUCCGUGCGCUCGAGACGGUAGAUGUCGAGUGGAUUAAGGUGGCAGAAUCGAAGAAUUGUAUUACGGCCUGCACGGGAAUAAUUGAGCGUGGGCCACAGCCUGUGUUUUGCAUUGUGCUAGCGCUGAAGCGUCAAAACACAUCCCAGAUUGUGGUGUACUUAGUGAAUCGGGAUCGAAGCCGACAUCACAAGAUGUGCGAAUUUACCGUAGCGUACCCGGUGCAGAGCUUGCAGGUGUUAUCCGACAUGCGAUUAGCGGUUGGUCAUCAGAGUGGUUUCACCGCGUACUGCCUGCAGGGUGCGGCCAAAGCAAUGCCUUUAGUGCAUCCGGAAAAUCAAUUAAACAAUUUCCUCAACUUUUCCGGUGUUGAUGCGUGGCGAGUGAUCGAAAUUCAGUCCGGCCACGGCGGUAACGUGCACGGUGAAUACCUGCUCGUGUUCCAAACGCUCGCGAUCUACGUCGAUCUGCAGGGGCGCAAAUCACGCGAUCGUGAAAUUAUGUAUCCGGCUGUCCCUAAGCAUAUCACAUACUGUGACGGUCAUCUACUAGUCUACUCGGAAACCCAUCUGGACAUUUUCAACACGCAAACCGCCGAAUGGGUACAGUCAAUUGGUUUAAAACGAUCCCGUCCACUGAUGAACAACGGCAGCCUUACGUUGACCUAUCUCAAUGAUAGUGUCCACGUCGUUUACUUGGCAAACAUGCAUACGAGAGAAUUGCUCAAUCUUUCACCAUGUGAUCGUGAUGGUCGUCUAAAAUCGAAACGAUUCUCGUUACGCGAACCCAACCGAACCAUUCGCACGAGUACCGAUCGUCGCUCGAAGCUUAUCUCUGCUCCUACCAACUUCAACCAUAUCUCACACAUGGGCCCGGGAGAUGGCAUUCAGAAGCAACGGUUGCUCGAUCUACCAACAACGAUCGAAACGGCCGACCAGAGUACGCAACAGCAACGGAUUUCAACGAUGCGCCAUGCUCCUCCACCACCUCGUGCACCUCCACGUCCCUCCAUGAUCCACCAGUUGAAUGGAUCAAACAACUCACUCCCGGGUGCAAAGCGUACGGCCCCUGCCAGGCCGCGUGAUCAGCCACCGUCGUUACCACGCUCACCUAGUCCGUUGGGCAGCAUGUCCUCACUACAUGACGUUCUUAAGGUAUCGGUUGCGGAUAUGCAAUCGGAAUCACGGCAAAGUGUGGCGAGCAACAAUUCUAGCUCGGUGUCGACCCCACCUUCCCCAACGAAUGAUCGGUUGAGUUCAAGCUACGACUCAUAAUGUUUCCUGAAAUAUUUCACCAAAUUGCUAACCAUUCGCUCCACGCUGGAACACAGCGGACGGUCGUUUUGCCUAAAGGGGCCGAACCAGCCAGCCUCACGCCAUUCGGAUCGCAGCGAAACGGACCGGGCGGAUGACACCUAGCAACUAAGAGUUCUUUAUUGUUUUUUAAAA